AUGAAUGCAGACGCACAGAGCGUCCAUAGCGGCUUCAUGGAUAGCGACCGCAAAUGGAACUUAAGGCCGCUCAUCCACAAGGCUGAGCGCCAGCAUAGGCGGUUGCCAGGGAUUAGGAAGAUUCCUCUUCGUGCCAUCGCCAUUAUCCUGUUUAUUGCAUUCAUUAAUAUUAUCGUCUGGAUUGCUGCAGCUAUCGUACUGCGCUAUCACCCGAAAUUGGUCUCUACGGCUGUACUUGCCUAUACUCUUGGUCUGAGACAUGCCUUUGAUGCAGACCAUAUCUCGGCCAUCGAUUUGAUGACCCGAAGGCUGCUCGCCACCGGACAGAAACCUGUUACAGUGGGCACAUUCUUCUCGCUCGGGCACUCGACGAUCGUCAUCAUCACUUCUAUCGUUGUCGCUGCCACUGCCGCUGCUGUCUCGUCAAAAUUCGACAGCUUCAGCACUAUAGGUGGAAUUAUUGGCAGCUCUGUCAGCGCGGCCUUUUUGAUAUUGCUUGGCAUCAUGAACGCCUAUAUCCUGUACAAGUUGAUCAAACAGAUGCAGAAAGUCUAUAACUUGCCCGAGGGCCAGGAAGACGAGGCUUGGAAAAUUGAAGGUGGAGGUAUUCUGUUCUCCAUCUUGAAGAAGAUGUUCAAAUUGAUUGAUCGGCCCUGGAAGAUGUAUCCACUUGGAAUUCUUUUCGGGUUGGGCUUCGACACUUCAUCAGAGAUUGCAUUGCUUGGCAUCUCGUCAGUAGAGGCUGCCAAAGGCACCUCUUUCUGGGUCAUUCUGAUCCUCCCUGCACUUUUCACCGCAGGCAUGUGCCUCCUCGAUACGAUCGAUGGCGCUCUGAUGUUCUCUCUCUACAUCCAACCCUCGGCGAACUUCCUUCCUGCCAAGCGAACGAGCUCAACUUCAGAAUAUUCUGCCGACAACGAUGAUGAGCUUCCUCAGUCUCAUGAUAAUCAUCGCGAUCCUAUCGCAUUCCUUUACUAUUCAAUCGUGCUCACCACCCUGACGGUCAUAGUUGCCAUUGUUAUCGGCGUGAUCCAACUUCUCACUAUGAUCCUGAAUGUCACCAAUGCUACUGGUAAAUUCUGGGAUGGUGUGCAGACGGCGGGAGACUAUUACGAUGUCAUUGGUGGAUCGAUCUGUGGCUGCUUCAUCAUUUUCGGUGGACUGAGCGUGCUCUUAUAUAAGCCAUGGCGGCGAUGGAUGGCCCGUCGCCACGGGCGACCUCUAGUCACUGACGAGGAGAGAAAUCAUGAAGAGGACAUUGGACACGACGAAGAUAGCGGAGUCAUUGUCCACGAAAGAAGUGACAGCGUUCAGGGGGUACAGACUGAGGUGGUGGGGAAGGGAGCGACGUCUAGUGUUUCGGUGAAGGAAACCAACGAACGCCGCAUUGAGGAUGAGAUUGUUUAG